AUGCGGACCAUGCUGACAGACAUCGUCAAAACAGUUGCUGUUGUUGUCCCUGCCCUUGUCCUCGUCCACAGCAACGGCGCCAAGGCUGCGACGGUGGUCGGCGCGUCAAUGAGCCCUACGCUCAACCCCCAAGCCGGCACCGUCCAGAAGCCGCCGCUGCCUGGCGUGGCGCAGCUGGAGCCGGCCACCAGCAGCUCAGCGCCGGUGCCUAGCAACGAUGUUGUGCUCCUCAAUGUCUUUGCUGCCAAGCACGGCUCACUCGGGCGCGGCGAUGUCGUCACUCUCAUCUCGCCCGACAACCCACACGUCGAGCUCGUCAAGCGGGUGGUGGCACUUCCUGGCGACGUCGUCGCUACCCGAUCGUACAAGCGUCGAUACGUCCGUGUUCCCAAGGGCCACUGCUGGCUCGAGGGCGACAAUCCGCUCGCCUCGCAGGACUCGAACAUGUUUGGCCCUGUUCCGCUCGGUCUUGUCACUGGACGCGUCGAGCUCAUUUGGCGCUGA